UAUGAAGGCGACACUCAUCAGUGAAGAAACUACGAAAUGGCUUCUUAUUGCUUAACUGUUGCCAGGCUUCGGCUGGCUCUUGGAAUUGGGGCAAGGCGGUUUCAUGUCUCUGCAGUCUUCAGCGCCAAGGCCAAGGUGGCCAUGAGCCGCUUUGAGCCAGGCUCCAGCGUAAAUUAUGAGAAGAUGCAUGAGAACAUCAACAUCGUACGCAGGAGGCUCAACAGACCACUCACCUUGUCGGAGAAGAUUGUAUAUGGUCACCUGGAUGAUCCAGCAGGACAGGAAAUUGACCGUGGACGCACUUAUCUUCGCCUGCGUCCAGACCGUGUGGCCAUGCAGGACGCCACAGCCCAGAUGGCCAUGCUUCAGUUCAUUAGCAGCGGCCUGCCCAAGGUGGCCGUUCCCUCAACCAUCCACUGUGACCACCUGAUUGAGGCUCAAAUCGGAGGAGCUCAGGACUUGCAGAGAGCGAAGGAAGUCAACCAGGAAGUCUACAACUUUCUUGCAACAGCUGCUGCAAAAUAUGGAGUUGGUUUCUGGAAACCCGGCUCAGGGAUCAUCCAUCAGAUCAUCCUGGAGAAUUAUGCUUACCCUGGAGUGAUGUUGAUUGGUACUGACUCACACACUCCCAAUGGCGGUGGCCUGGGUGCUGUGUGUAUUGGAGUGGGUGGAGCUGAUGCUGUAGAUGUCAUGGCUGGAAUCCCUUGGGAGCUCAAGUGCCCCAAAGUGAUAGGAGUGAGAUUGACAGGAACCCUAUCUGGCUGGACCUCCCCGAAAGAUGUCAUCCUGAAGGUGGCCGGCAUCUUGACUGUGAAAGGCGGAACUGGUGCCAUCGUGGAGUACCACGGACCUGGGGUUGACUCUAUCUCCUGCACUGGAAUGGCCACUAUCUGCAAUAUGGGGGCUGAAAUUGGAGCCACUACAUCCCUUUUUCCCUACAACCACCGCAUGAAGACAUACCUGGAGAAAACUGGCCGUGGAGAGAUUGCCUCUGUGGCUGAUGAGUUUAAAGAGGACCUGGUGCCAGAUGAGGGCUGUGAAUACGACAAAGUUAUUGAGAUCAACCUGAGUGAGCUGAAGCCGCACAUCAACGGACCGUUUACCCCCGACCUGGCCCACCCUGUGUCUGAUAUUGGGGCCGUAGCUAAGAAGAGCGGCUGGCCCCUGGAGGUUAAAGUUGGUCUGAUUGGGAGCUGCACCAACUCGAGCUAUGAGGACAUGGGACGAGCAGCCUCUUUGGCUAAGCAGGCUUUGGAUAAAGGCCUUAAGUGCAAGGCCCAGUUCACAGUUACACCUGGUUCUGAACAAAUCCGCGCCACUAUUGAGAGGGAUGGAUAUGCCAAGAUCCUGAGUGAUGUCGGAGGAAUCGUCCUUGCUAAUGCUUGUGGUCCCUGCAUCGGACAGUGGGACAGGAAAGAUGUGAAAAAAGGAGAGAAGAACACCAUUGUUACAUCCUUCAACAGGAACUUCACUGCCAGGAAUGAUGCUAAUCCAGCUACUCAUGCUUUUGUCACCUCUCCUGAGAUUGUGACAGCUUUGGCCCUCGCUGGGACUCUCAACUUCAACCCUGAGACUGACUACCUGACUGCACCCAAUGGAGAGAAAUUUAAGCUGGAACCCCCCACUGGUGAUGAGCUCCCCUCCAGAGACUUUGACCCAGGCCAAGACACCUAUCAACAUCCCCCUGCAGAGAGCGGCUCAGUAAAAGUUGACGUAAGCCCUGCCAGUAACCGUCUGCAGCUGCUGGAGCCCUUUGACAAGUGGCAUGGAAAAGACCUGAAGGACAUGAGAGUCCUCAUUAAGGUGAAAGGAAAGUGCACCACUGACCACAUCAGCGCCGCCGGUCCCUGGCUGAAAUUCCGUGGACACCUGGACAACAUCUCCAACAAUCUGCUGAUUGGUGCCGUCAACAUUGAGAAUGAUGCUAUUAACAAGGUGAAGAACCAGCUGACGGGAGAGUACGGAGGUGUGCCAGAUGUGGCCCGCUUCUACAAGGCCAGUGGAGUGAACUGGGUGGUUGUUGGAGAUGAGAACUACGGAGAGGGAUCCAGUCGGGAGCACGCGGCCCUGGAGCCACGACACCUGGGAGGACGUGCCAUCAUCGUCAAGAGCUUCGCCAGAAUUCACGAGACUAAUCUGAAGAAGCAGGGCCUGCUGCCUCUGACUUUUGCCGACUCCAGGGACUACGACAAGAUUCGCCCUGAUGAUAAGAUUUCAAUCACUGGCCUGAAAUCCUUCGCCCCCGGCAAGCCCCUGUCGGCAGUGAUCAAGCACAGCGAUGGAAGUCAGGAGUCCAUUUCUCUGAACCACACCUUCAACGAAACCCAGAUCGAGUGGUUCAAAGCCGGCUCCGCCCUCAACCGAAUGAAGGAGCUCCAGUAAUUGAGGAGGAAGAAGGUGGUAGGGUGUGUGGGUGGGGCCAUCAAGGUGACCUUAAUGUGGUUUUCAGAAGAAGAAUGUGGACUUGUAGAGGGGCUUCACAACGGGGAAAAACACAACAAGAACAGUGGUGGGUAACCCAGUUUGACGUAAGGACUGCUGCAGUCAUGCUCAGUUAAAGAAAGCUUGCACACAAACACACACAAGGUCGCUGUACAGAUGAAAAGCGCACAGACACACACACACAAGCACUUACAUGCAGAGACAGGAUUACUGUGAAACCUUCCCAGUCCACAGUUACUCACAUGAAUUCAAACAGAAGCUCAGCAGUGUGUGUUUCUGCUGUUUGCAGCAGUUUGAAACCAGAUUAGUUGAGCUUAUUUGCUCUUUGUAGCAUUAAUUUGACCCUUUUAUACAAAGAUGUUUAUCUAAUACACUGAACAGGACACCAUUUUAUUAUUUAUGUGAGACUCUGAACCAGAAUCAGUGGUGUAUUGUCUCUGAAGUGGAGCACCUAAAGGAAGAAUGAUUGUUUUUAUGCUAUUUGCAGACCUGAUUAAGACUAGAAAAACCAUACAAUACCAACUUUAUUUACAAACACUUUCACACAGCAACAGCUGAAACAAAGUGCUUUACAUCAGUAAUAAACAAAGCAAUAAGCUCAUCAAGCUUUAAUAUCCUGACUGCAAAAUUCACCACAAGAUGAUUCUAUUUCUUUUUUGCAUUACCUUAUUUUUAAUGUCUGAUUAAUGUCCACACAAACCACGAUAUAAGCUGAGUUUUAUAAGUCGUCAGUGUAAUUGUUUUAGACACUGAAGUCUAGAGAUCCUUUUCUGGUCUGUCUUUGUUGCUCUCUGAUGACAUUACUGACUGAAGCUGCAUUCACACUGUAAAAAUGGCACAAACCCAACUUUGCCGCCCAAAUAUGACCCAUAUCUGAUCAUUUUCUGACGGUCUGAACAGCUCAAAUCUGACCCAAGACAUUUCAAAUGUGGAACUAAAUUUAAACAACCACAGAAAAAAAAAUCAAUCCUAUUUCAGAAAAAACUGGAAUUGGGCAUAAAGACCUGCAGUGUGAAUGUGGCCUUAGAUAAAUGUUUACUCUAUGUUGACAGUAUCACACUGUAAACAAAAGAGUCUGAAAUCCAUAUUUAAUCAUUUUUCUGGUAAAGAAACAAACCAAGCACAUCACGUAUUUCUUUUUUCCCCUCUUUUCAGAGGUAAGAAACUAUGGGUCUCACUUACUGUAAGCAAAAUUGCUGAACAUCCCAUCAUUCUGCAUCUUCAGCUGCACAGGGCUUUUUAAUCAGAGCUUACGUACAUUUGAGCGAACACAUUAAACUCUAAACACUCCCUGCCACUCUUCACAUGCUCAUUUCUGCUCUGGCUUUACAUGAUAAAUCCAGACAGGUUGUCGUUCUCCGUCUUGGACCAGGACAGCUGAUCAGAAUGUAUGAUUCUCUCAGGUACUAUUUGCAUUUAUCUAUUUUCCCCUAAUGCCAUCUCUCCUGAUGUUUUGACUGCGUUGACUCUUCAUGUCUGAGAUGUUUGAUUUUCCUUUUUUUCCUUAAAAUUUUUAGUUAAAUUCUAGUCAGUAAAGGAUAUUAACAUAGGAAAUCCUCUGUGACAAUAGGAAAAUGCAGUAUAAUUAUGUAACAAAGAAGCCAGACUUUGUUAAGGAAAUCUUUUAGACUUGGACCAUAUAGUUGAGGCUCUCUUAUAUUUCAUUUCUUUGGAGCUUCACAGACCAGAUGACCGUCAAGUUCAAACUUUAUUUUAUUGUGUUUUAUGUGUGUUGAGUCCCAGUUUUUCAGGUUGGUCCUCGGUAUCAUCUGGCCCUGGAGUGUGUGACAUUUCCUCAUGCAGAUGUGAUGAACGAUGACUGUUUUUUAGCUAAAUGUUUUUUCCAGGUUGAGGUUUUGGGCCUCCACAGCAUGGAACUGCCUUCUCUCUUCUUAUGAAAACAAAACGCACAAUCUAGCGUGCAGAUGUCUGUACACUAGAACUUUGUAGAGUUAGGGAGGUAGAUUGAGUCGUGCUGCGGCUUGCAUUGUUCUUCCUUUGCACACAUUUAACUUUUCUGCAUACAAGUGACUGUAAGACUGAAUUAUAAAUGUUAAUCAUGAACGCACAAUCUUUUCAGACAGUAGAACUUGCUGUAGCUCCAUGAACGUGGUGUGUUAUGGAGUAACUUCACUGAACCAGUGAGCUUAUUUGUUGUUGUGGACUUUGGGAGCUUAUUUCUGCUGGUUGUUGUGGGAACCCAGUUGGUCCUCUGUGUGAGGCAUCUCCAUUAAUGGUGAAGAAAUUCAGCUUCAUUCUGCAUAAAGGAGUUAUAAAAAUCUGCUCCCAAAGAAAUUGGCCAAGUCACCGAUUUAGGACCUGUUUGUAAAUGAUGUGAUGGUUGAAUUUUAUAGGAGUGUGAGGUCCUAUGAUCAUAUAGAGAUAUAUUAAGAUUUUUUUUUAGAUAAUAUAUAUAUUUAUAUAAAUAAAAGAGAGAAGAAUGUGCUGUUUGCUGCCUGUCUUGAUGAGUUCUAUUAAUAUUUUAACACAGUGAAGCUUCGUUUAUCUGCUGACAUCAAUUGCAGGUUCAUAUUAAGACACAAAUAUGGAUGAUAUAUUUACAAAGUUGGCUCUUGAUAGCUUUGUGAACUGUCUUAAUUUACUAUUUCAUUAAAAUCUUCUAAAUGAUUGACUGCAAACUAUUCCAGGUCAACUUUAAAAAAAAAAAAAAGAAGCUUUUUUGGAUAUUAAUGGUUCCCCUCCACAAAGGCCGUUUGAUGCCUGA